AGUAGUGCCACAGCACUUCCUCAUUGGCAGUUAUAGCAAAGUUCAGACUCCAGCGACGUUUGUGACUGAAAUAACACUCAGCGCGUUUCGUUUUAUUUAAUCUCCGAGCCUUGCAAAUGUCGAAGCCUCCUCCCAAGCCGGCCAAACCAGGCCAAGUCAAGGUGUUCAGAGCGUUGUACACCUUUGACCCCAGAACGCCAGACGAGCUGUUCUUUGAAGAGGGAGACUUCCUUUACAUCUCUGACACAAGUGACAGUAAUUGGUGGAAAGGCACAUGCCGAGGAAGGACAGGACUGAUUCCAAGUAACUAUGUGGCUGAGCAUGCAGAGUCUAUUGACAAUCCAAUGCACGAAGCAGCCAAACGAGGCAAUCUGAGCUGGCUGAGGGAAUGUGUGGAAAACAAGGUCGCAAUCAACGGGCUGGAUAAGGCUGGAAACACUCCCCUCUACUGGGCGUGUCACGGAGGACACAAAGAGGUGGUCGAGGUGUUGCUAAGCCAGCCUAAUGUGGAGCUCAACCAGCAGAAUAAACUCGGGGACACUGCUCUGCACGCUGCUGCCUGGAAGGGGUAUUCUGACAUUGUGGAAAUGUUGCUCCGCAAAAAUCCAAGGACAGACAUCAGGAACAAUGAGAAAAAGCUGGCUCAAGAGAUGGCCACUGAUGCAAUGUGUGCUUCACUUCUCAAAAGGAAGCAAGGAGGCAACAUCACCCGCACACUCAGCAACGCUGAAGAGUAUUUGGAUGACGAGGACUCAGACUGAUCCGGCACUGUUGAGACAUCAUCACCGUCUUCCAUUUGGUUUGUGGGGCCUUGGAGCUCAGAGAGUUUUAUUACAGACCUAAAAUGGAUUUGCUGCUCUGUUUCCAACUGUAACUCCAUUUUAGUUCCGUUAUUUUGUGCAAACACCUCAGUUCUUGGCCCUCUGCGUCACGUCAGGGAGAAUUUCAGAGCAUUGAAUUGAUGCGUUUUAUAGUUUUUGCCAAGUGCAUUUCCUCAUGUGGGGGAUUUGUCUUGGAUGUUGCACACUGUGGACUGAGGGGCAGAGUGUAUGUUGCAGCGGAAAACGGACCAGCUCUAAGAAACACAUUCCAAACAUACAGAUUGUGUUCAACCCAUUUACACUGGGCAUUAAAGUGCCAGUGCAGAUUAAAAGAUUGAUCUGGUCUGUGUGUGUCAAAUUUUAAUGCUCCGUGUAAAUUACUGAACUACAAACUCGCCCAAAAGGAAUCAUAAACACAUUAUCUCUUGCAUCUUGGAGCUCUAUCACAACUGGGAACAAUUUAAAUCUGUUUAUGUACAUCAGUCGGAGACAAUGCAACGUGAAUUUAACUUAAAUAUUUCCCUUUACCUGUUGUCUUUGUCAAAUUAAGGGUGUGAGUAAUGUGCUUUAACAGACCUAAUAUGGGAAAUGUUUCUCUAAACUGUUGUAUGGCAGCAAUCUCCCUCCCCUUCCUUCAUAAUGUCAUGAAACUCAUCUGUUACUCUGCACUGCACAUAUUUUGGUCUGUGUUAUACCACCUCCACUGCUAUUAAAGAUCAGUUCAGUGUAAUUUAAAAAAAUCUGCCUUGUGUAAAACAGACUUAAAAUUAUUCUCAUCUUUCAAGCUUUUGAUGGUGUGAUUUCCAUCCUGGGAGCAAAUUUCUGGUUUUAUUGCUGCUUUCCAACAAAUUUUAUAUAUAUAUAUAAAAAAGUGCCUUAAAUAUCUGUACCAUAGCGAGUGUGUAUUUGGUUAUGUGUCAAUGUGAACCUGCUUUUUUCUUCAAGAUUUCUAUCAGCUCUUUCUUCAAUCUACAAUAAAAGAUUUUAACUUAAAA